AUGCAACCCAGUCUGGGUCUUCAGGUCACCCUGGCCUGUCAAGUGCCAAUUCCACAGGCACAGUCUUCCUUUACUGUCCCGGUCAAAGUUUCAGUAUAUAACUCUGGAAGCACCCCCGUCACAGUACUUAAAUGGGGCACCCCAUUUGAUGCCCAUGCAGGGAUGCUGGGCGUCUUCGAAAUUUGCGAUACAGCUGACGGACAAGUUUUGCCUCUGGAUGAGCUCAAGAUCUCCCGAAAGCUUCCUCCUUCUGCGGAUGACUUGGAAGAAAUUCCUGGUGGUCACAGCUUGGACAAGGUAAUUGAUAUAACUGGUUUGUGUCUUCAAGAAGGCCACGACUACUCUAUCCACACCAAGGGAAUUUGGCAUGCUGUCUGGGAGGGCUCGCUGGUCAACGUCACCGAAUCCCAAUUAAGAGACUGUUCAGGGGCAAAGCGCGGAGAGUUUCAGUCCAAUUUCGCCGUUGUGAAGAUCCAAUGA